AUGGAGCACACCGACCCCUUCCUCCAAGUGCAGGCAGACGUCCUGUCAACCCUCCAAUCCAGCCGCCCCCUCUUCUCCUCAUACCUACGCAUCCGGUCACUAGCAAAGAGCCCAUCAAACCCCGAACUCAAACAAGCACGCUCCGAACUCGAAAGCACAAUAACUGAACUAAGCGCCGACCUCGACGACCUCGUCGAAAGUGUCCGGGCGAUCGAACAAGACCCAUAUCGCUUCGGUCUGGAACUGGAAGAGGUACAGCGCCGUCGCAAACUAGUCGAAGAUGUCGGUGCCGAGGUCGAGAAGAUGCGACUGGAGUUGCAGCAAACGGUCAAUCACAGCGCGACGGAGACACAAUUGCCCAACCCGACGGAAUUCGACGCCGCGCUGGAAGAAGAGGAGCAGCGCGGUCGCGACCGCGGCGGAGAUGAUUACUACGCUUCCAUGGAGCAGCAACGGCAGACGGAGCUUAUGCAUGAGCAGGAUGAGCAGCUUGAUGGCGUGUUUCGGACAGUGGGCAAUCUGCGUGAGCAGGCGAAUGUUAUGGGGCGGGAGUUGGAAGAUCAGGCUGUUAUGAUUGAUGAAGUUGAUACGCUGGCUGAACGGGUCGGCGGGAAAUUGAAUAAUGGCAUGGCGAGGAUAAAGCACGUUGUCCGAAAGAAUGAGGGUAAGUCAAGAGUUUCCUUUACAGGUGGUUUUAUUCCUACGUCGCGCUCGCACGAGGAAAGCGGGCUGGGGAGUGGCAAGUUGAAGUGGGAAUCAUGA